AUGGAAAAUGUAUAUAUAGAUCGAAGUACAGCAAACAUUCUGCAACCAGAUACAAAAACUCCGUCUAAGCAUAUUAUGAAACCAUAUCGACGAUCAAACAAAGUAUUUAUGGUAGAGUUUCGUAGAGCGACAAGGCUGGGUCGUGUACGUGUACUAAUCAGAGAGUUCGCAGGAGACGUCCGCUCUUUGUGGAAAUAUGGUGCACCGUUUCCUACCUUCUUAAAGCUCAUCGGAACUCUGAUCCUGUGUCUCAUCGUUCUUCUACCACUUAUAUAUCCAUUUUUCAUACUAAUAAUCACUUACUUUACCUAUGAAAGCUUAUAUCUAAGCUGGUAUCGUGAUCAACCGUGGCGGUUUCUACCAAGACCUAUAGCUCGGCGAGCUCUUUCAGCUGCGUUUCAUCCAUCUGGACCACAAGACAUCUGGAAAGUUCGCGAAGUUCUCACAAGAGGAAUUCUACUUGCACACUCUCUGGCCACUUCUGUAGACUAUCUUUGUGUAAUGCAAGGGCUCUUAGAUGAAACUUAA